GAGAAAAUGUGGGUAAAGCAACUGAUGGAUGAGUUUUAUAAUUGGUUAUGGUAUCGGAAAGCGUAUACUACAUGUGGCCAGAUCCAGAACUUUUUUAAAUUCAUUCUAUUUACUCUUCUGAGUGUGAUUAUUUUUGUAUUAAUAUCCUUUGCUGGAUCAGAAGGGCUCACCAAUCAAGGAGUUUGGCUACUAAAAUCUCUAAGAAUCAUUGUAGCAAUUGAUAUAUGCUUUUUUUUCAUUCGUUUUACUCAUCUCUGAAGCAGUUUGAGAGAGCUUAAUUUCAUAAUAUUCUUGCACUGAUUGAUCCAUCUGACUAUUCUUGCUAAUGUUCUUCUUGAGCUAGUAUUGACUACGAAUCUGACUUUUGAAGAAGCGAUGAGUAAAAAGGAUACUAUCAUAUUUAAGAUAGUUUACAUCAUAGCCAUCAUUAGAUGAUUCUACUAUGCAGCACUAGUUAUAUUUUAUAUUUUGUGCUCUCCAUGAAUCAUUCAAAAUAUUUUAGAAAAGAGGAGACAAAGAGAGGAUUUACUUUUAGCAAUCAGAAGAAGCCGAAACAAUUCUCUUUUCCUUCAAGAAGGCCAAGUUAUAGGCCUACCUUUACUUGUGGAUAAUAGGAGAGGACAGCCAAUACCUGAAAGAAUCCCUGAGGAAGAGUUUCUCCCAUAUGAUCCUGUUCCUCAGAAUAAUAACGCUCCUAGAGCUUCUUUCCAUAAUAGACUUUUGAACAUUAUGGGCCAAGAAGAUAUUGAGCCUAUUGAGAGAAACACACUUGAUCUGUUAAAAAGAGUGAAAUAUUUUACAGAUAGAGAUAACCUCGCUGGCGUAGAAUGUUCGAUAUGCCUUCAACCGCUUAGCGAUUUCCAAGAUGAGCAACUUAUCUACCUUCCCUGUAGCAGGAAACACAUCUUCCAUUCCAAUUGUAUUAUAGAUUGGCUGAAACGAGACCGGAACUGACCUCUUUGAAGAGUUGGUGUAAAUUCAGAUUUGCUAAAAUACUCUGGUUAUUAA